AUGGCUGCCGAAGAUGCGACGAUCGAGGCGUGCAAUUUGUUCUCGCAGCUCGCGAUCUCAAAAACCACGACCAUCGAGGAAGUCGUCUCGAAAAACUACGGCAGUUGGCGCGCUCUUUUAACUCUCAUGAAAGAAAUUCGGCAAGACGACACCUCGAAAUUUUCGAAAUUAGACUUGGAACGAAUCGCAAACUUAUCGGUUGGGUUUCACCAGUGGGGGACGAGACAGUUGAAAGAAAGAAGUCCGAUGUUUAGCGACGAGUUCAAAAGAUUCGUCUCCAAUCGGCUCAUCGUGGAAAGCUUGAUGGAGGAUUUGAUGGGGAGCGCGAGGAGUAAAGGUGGUGAUGAGAAUAACGAUGAGAAUGUCGACGAUGGUUUUGGGGGAGAACAGUCCAAGACGAAGACGAGCGGUGGCGCGGAGACGAAGGCGUCUUUGUCGCCCAGCGUUCGGAAGAAACAAUUGAAAAAAGCGGUCAUGAUUGAGAUACCUAUUGAUGGUGAGUGCGAAAUUGAAGAAGAAGAAGAAGAAGAAGAAGAAGAAGAAGCGUUUAAAGUUUCUGGGAAAGUCAUGAACACGCCCCCUCAACAACAACAACAACAACAACAACAACAACGACAACAACAACGCGUAGCCGAGCCGCACCACACUCGUUUCGAUUCCUCGCCGGAAUCCGAAGGUGGAAUCUUCGAAGAGGAAGAAGCGGCUGAAGAAGAAGAAGAAGAAGAAGAAGAUAUUUUAAUGGAAACGCCGGCGGCGCCAAGGCAGAGAAGAGACGGUUCGAUGCCGCCGCCGUUAGAGGCAGUCACGGUGAUGAAGCCACAUAGAGAAUCCGUCGCGAUGACGCCGAAGCAGGUUUACGAGAGCGCCGAAAGACUGAAGCGGUUAGCGUCAGAAAAGUUACAAAAGUUUAGCGUAGAAGGGCAACGCUAUGGAGAAAAAGAAGAUCAAGAAGAAGGACUAAGUGAAGAUACGACGACGAUGGAGGAAGUGCGCGCGGCUGCUUAUCAAGAACAAGUUUUAAAUUACUUGGAAGGAUUUGAAGCCAUUUUGGAGAAGAUUAAAGGUCAGGUUGCGAAGAUUAAGAACGCUCCUCUUUCGUUGGCGAUGGCAGAGACGAUAUCGGUUGAGCUCGAAAUCGAGUCUUCCAUGAAGGAAAUUCGAGCUGAGAUUCGAGCGCAAAAUAAGUAA